AAGGAUUGGCUCAAGGCAUCUCACUGUGCUUUGAUUGCGCUCUCCCAUUACAAUGAAGCAGGCAGCUGUCGCAGUUCUCCUCACGGCAGCGGAUGGCGUCCUGAUCCACAUGCAACAUGCCACGGGCGGCUUCAGCUUCGGGGACCCCAAGUGCCCCUGCGUGGGCAUGGCCGGCUUGGAGGGCAAGACCACUGUGCGCCUGUCGCCCAACGUCACCGCGGAGUACCCGGCGGACUUUGCGGCCCGCUGCGCGGCCUGGGACGACGCCCGGAACUCCCUGAGCUGCCUGGAGGGUCAGGAGCCUGGCAAAGGCAAGGGCUUCUGCGCAGAGCCCUGGUGCUUCGUGGACCCCUGCAACUGCGAGCUGGACGAACCCGCCACCAAGGCCCCCCCGACGGGGUACCUGCCCGAAGGCUCCUACCAGGGCCACGGGCUCUGGUACUCCUACAAGACCUGCGGCGGCAAGGACUUCUGGAUGUCCGAGGAUGCCAAGAAGAAGCAGCAGGGCGAGCCCAAGGAGUGCAAGAAGAAGGUGGACACCAAGAAGUGGGGCAACGAGAAGUGCCGAUGCAUCGGGCUCGACAACGUGCCCGGCGCGGCCAACGUCUCCAUCGCGGGCAAGGAGGUGCCGUAUCCCGCCGAUGCUGGCGCCACGUGCGACAUUUGGGACGCCAAGCGGCACCCCGAUUGCACCGGGGACAAGCCUCCUGAGUGGUGCAAGCAGGCUUGGUGCUACGUGGACCCCUGCGAGUGCCAGUUGGAGGAGACCCCCAAGACGUCCUCCUACCUGCCCAAGGGCUUCGGUAACGGGAAGCCGGUGUACUUCUCCUAUGCCGCCUGCGGAGCUGAUGACGCGUUCACCAAGAGCAACCCCACGGCCUGCGUGAACCAGAAGAGCUCCGGCAACUGCACCAAGCUGGAGAAGUGCGCCUGGGCAGAGGAGAAGUGCGUGGGCAAGGAGCUGGUGGAGGUGUGCGGCGGCGCUGGCCGCGCCGCGGCGUCGCUUCUGGCGCUGCUCGCCCUCUCCGCGCUCGCGUGAGCCAAACGCUACAUUCGACGAAAGCCACGACCAUCCAAGACCUAUUGCAGGAAAGGGGCGCUUUUGGACCCAAGAG